CCGAUUCUGCUUCCGAUCUGAAUAAAACCCCUUGCACCCCGCUUGUACUCUGUACAAUUCGUUUACGAGACAUACAGCAUUAAAUCAGCGUUGAACCCCUUUCGGAAUCUACACAACCGUCGCUUUUCAUAGGUCCACCAACCAAUCACAUAAACCGCGUUCACAAUGGUUGUUUCUCGUGAGAAUAACCGCACGCUGCAGAUCCUGAGCGCUGCCUCAGAGGGCAAAUAUGGUGUUUUGGCGGCCAUCGCCUACAACGUCGAGCAAUUGACGGCCAUCGUCCGUGCAGCUGAAGCCAAGCGGUCGCCCAUAAUCAUUCAACUCUUCCCUUCAACAUUAAAGCAACUCCCUACUCUUGCACAUGCUGCCGCCGUCGCUGUAAAGAACGCAACCGUACCCCUCUCUCUGCACAUCGACCAUGCACAAGACGAGGCACACAUCAGGGAGAUCAUCGACACUCUCCCGGUCGACAGUGUUAUGGUUGACAUGAGCCACUACGAGCACGAUGAGAACCUAGCCAAGACGAAGGUUCUGACCAAGGAGUGCCACGACCGGGGAAUCGCCGUCGAAGCCGAGAGCGGAAGAAUCAACGGAGGAGAGGACGGAAUCGCUGACACUGGCGAGCUCGAAGCCCUCUUCACCACCCCCGAAGAAGUCGAAGACUUCAUCUCCGCCGGCGUCGACAUCCUCGCCCCCUCAAUAGGCAACGUCCACGGCGACUACGGCCCAACCGGCCCCGCCGAUGGCCAAUUGCACUUCGACCGCCUCGAGUCGAUAGACAAGCAGAUCAACAAGCGCGUCCUCAUCGCCCUCCACGGCACCAACGACUUCCCGCCCGCCAUCCUGCGCCGCUGCAUCGAGUCCGGCACCGUGAAGCUGAACGUCAACAAGCUGAUCCUCGAGGUCUGGAACCAGUUCUUGAGGGAGAAUGCGAGCAAGUUGGGUAUCGUGAGUUUGCUUGAUGAGGGAAUGAAGGUGUUGCAGGAGGAGACGGAGAGGUGGAUGGAUAUUUGCGGUAGCAGUGGAAAGGCUUAG